AAAAAAAAACGAUUUGUAUAAAUCCUGCAUUCAACGAACUAACAGCUGUAAUAAGUGAAAUAUACGCAAUAUUUCAAGCUAACGUGUUUUAUAUCGUUUGCAGAAUAAUCCGAAAUGCAGAUCUUUGUAAAGACCCUUACUGGCAAGACCAUCACUUUGGAGGUUGAGCCCAGCGAUACCAUUGAGAACGUAAAGGCCAAGAUCCAGGAUAAGGAGGGCAUUCCUCCAGACCAACAGCGUCUGAUCUUCGCCGGAAAACAGUUGGAAGAUGGACGCACCCUGUCAGACUACAACAUCCAAAAGGAGUCGACUCUUCACUUGGUGCUCCGUCUGCGUGGUGGCAUGCAAAUCUUUGUGAAGACUCUCACCGGCAAAACCAUCACUUUGGAGGUUGAGCCCAGCGACACCAUUGAGAACGUAAAGGCCAAAAUCCAGGAUAAGGAGGGCAUUCCCCCAGACCAACAGCGUCUGAUCUUCGCCGGAAAACAGUUGGAAGAUGGGCGCACCUUGUCUGACUACAACAUCCAAAAGGAGUCGACCCUUCACUUGGUGCUCCGUCUGCGUGGUGGCAUGCAAAUCUUUGUGAAGACUCUCACUGGUAAAACCAUCACUUUGGAGGUUGAGCCCAGCGAUACCAUUGAGAACGUGAAGGCCAAGAUCCAGGAUAAGGAGGGCAUUCCCCCAGACCAACAGCGUCUGAUCUUCGCCGGAAAACAGUUGGAAGAUGGGCGCACCUUGUCUGACUACAACAUCCAAAAGGAGUCGACCCUUCACUUGGUGCUCCGUCUGCGUGGUGGUAUGCAAAUCUUUGUGAAGACUCUCACUGGCAAAACCAUCACUUUGGAGGUUGAGCCCAGCGAUACCAUUGAGAACGUGAAGGCCAAGAUCCAGGAUAAGGAGGGCAUUCCCCCAGACCAACAGCGUCUGAUCUUCGCCGGAAAACAGUUGGAAGAUGGACGCACCCUGUCAGACUACAACAUCCAAAAGGAGUCGACCCUUCACUUGGUGCUCCGUCUGCGUGGUGGCAUGCAAAUCUUUGUGAAGACUCUCACCGGCAAAACCAUCACCUUGGAGGUUGAGCCCAGCGACACCAUUGAGAACGUAAAGGCCAAAAUCCAGGAUAAGGAGGGCAUUCCCCCAGACCAACAGCGUCUGAUCUUCGCCGGAAAACAGUUGGAAGAUGGACGCACCUUGUCUGACUACAACAUCCAAAAGGAGUCGACCCUUCACUUGGUGCUCCGUCUGCGUGGUGGCAUGCAAAUCUUUGUGAAGACUCUCACCGGCAAAACCAUCACUUUGGAGGUUGAGCCCAGCGAUACCAUUGAGAACGUAAAGGCCAAAAUCCAGGAUAAGGAGGGCAUUCCCCCAGACCAACAGCGUCUGAUCUUCGCCGGAAAACAGUUGGAAGAUGGACGCACCUUGUCUGACUACAACAUCCAAAAGGAGUCAACCCUUCACUUGGUGCUCCGUCUGCGUGGUGGCAUGCAAAUCUUUGUGAAGACUCUCACCGGCAAAACCAUCACUUUGGAGGUUGAGCCCAGCGACACCAUUGAGAACGUAAAGGCCAAGAUCCAGGAUAAGGAGGGCAUUCCCCCAGACCAACAGCGUCUGAUCUUCGCCGGAAAACAGUUGGAAGAUGGGCGCACCUUGUCUGACUACAACAUCCAAAAGGAGUCAACCCUUCACUUGGUGCUCCGUCUGCGUGGUGGUAUGCAAAUCUUUGUGAAGACUCUCACCGGCAAAACCAUCACCUUGGAGGUUGAGCCCAGCGACACCAUUGAGAACGUAAAGGCCAAAAUCCAGGAUAAGGAGGGCAUUCCCCCAGACCAACAGCGUCUGAUCUUCGCCGGAAAACAGUUGGAAGAUGGACGCACCUUGUCUGACUACAACAUCCAAAAGGAGUCAACCCUUCACUUGGUGCUCCGUCUGCGUGGUGGCAUGCAAAUCUUUGUGAAGACUCUCACCGGCAAAACCAUCACCUUGGAGGUUGAGCCCAGCGACACCAUUGAGAACGUAAAGGCCAAAAUCCAGGAUAAGGAGGGCAUUCCCCCAGACCAACAGCGUCUGAUCUUCGCCGGAAAACAGUUGGAAGAUGGACGCACCUUGUCUGACUACAACAUCCAAAAGGAGUCGACCCUUCACUUGGUGCUCCGUCUGCGUGGUGGCAUGCAAAUCUUUGUGAAGACUCUCACCGGCAAAACCAUCACUUUGGAGGUUGAGCCCAGCGAUACCAUUGAGAACGUAAAGGCCAAGAUCCAGGAUAAGGAGGGCAUUCCCCCAGACCAACAGCGUCUGAUCUUCGCCGGAAAACAGUUGGAAGAUGGACGCACCUUGUCUGACUACAACAUCCAAAAGGAGUCAACCCUUCACUUGGUGCUCCGUCUGCGUGGUGGCAUGCAAAUCUUUGUGAAGACUCUCACCGGCAAAACCAUCACUUUGGAGGUUGAGCCCAGCGACACCAUUGAGAACGUAAAGGCCAAGAUCCAGGAUAAGGAGGGCAUUCCCCCAGACCAACAGCGUCUGAUCUUCGCCGGAAAACAGUUGGAAGAUGGGCGCACCUUGUCUGACUACAACAUCCAAAAGGAGUCAACCCUUCACUUGGUGCUCCGUCUGCGUGGUGGUAUGCAAAUCUUUGUGAAGACUCUCACUGGCAAAACCAUCACUUUGGAGGUUGAGCCCAGCGAUACCAUUGAGAACGUGAAGGCCAAGAUCCAGGAUAAGGAGGGCAUUCCCCCAGACCAACAGCGUCUGAUCUUCGCCGGAAAACAGUUGGAAGAUGGACGCACCCUGUCAGACUACAACAUCCAAAAGGAGUCGACCCUUCACUUGGUACUCCGUCUGCGUGGUGGCAUGCAAAUCUUUGUGAAGACUCUCACCGGCAAAACCAUCACUUUGGAGGUUGAGCCCAGCGACACCAUUGAGAACGUAAAGGCCAAGAUCCAGGAUAAGGAGGGCAUUCCCCCAGACCAACAGCGUCUGAUCUUCGCCGGAAAACAGUUGGAAGAUGGGCGCACCUUGUCUGACUACAACAUCCAAAAGGAGUCGACCCUUCACUUGGUGCUCCGUCUGCGUGGUGGCAUGCAAAUCUUUGUGAAGACUCUCACCGGCAAAACCAUCACUUUGGAGGUUGAGCCCAGUGAUACCAUUGAGAACGUGAAGGCCAAGAUCCAGGAUAAGGAGGGCAUUCCCCCAGACCAACAGCGUCUGAUCUUCGCCGGAAAACAGUUGGAAGAUGGACGCACCUUGUCUGACUACAACAUCCAAAAGGAGUCGACCCUUCACUUGGUGCUCCGUCUGCGUGGUGGCAUGCAAAUCUUUGUGAAGACUCUCACCGGCAAAACCAUCACUUUGGAGGUUGAGCCCAGCGACACCAUUGAGAACGUAAAGGCCAAGAUCCAGGAUAAGGAGGGCAUUCCCCCAGACCAACAGCGCCUGAUCUUCGCCGGAAAACAGUUGGAAGAUGGACGCACCUUGUCUGACUACAACAUCCAAAAGGAGUCGACCCUUCACUUGGUGCUCCGUCUGCGUGGUGGCAUGCAAAUCUUUGUGAAGACUCUCACCGGCAAAACCAUCACUUUGGAGGUUGAGCCCAGCGACACCAUUGAGAACGUAAAGGCCAAGAUCCAGGAUAAGGAGGGCAUUCCCCCAGACCAACAGCGUCUGAUCUUCGCCGGAAAACAGUUGGAAGAUGGACGCACCUUGUCUGACUACAACAUCCAAAAGGAGUCGACCCUUCACUUGGUGCUCCGUCUGCGUGGUGGCAUGCAAAUCUUUGUGAAGACUCUCACCGGCAAAACCAUCACUUUGGAGGUUGAGCCCAGCGAUACCAUUGAGAACGUGAAGGCCAAGAUCCAGGAUAAGGAGGGCAUUCCCCCAGACCAACAGCGUCUGAUCUUCGCCGGAAAACAGUUGGAAGAUGGACGCACCUUGUCUGACUACAACAUCCAAAAGGAGUCGACCCUUCACUUGGUGCUCCGUCUGCGUGGUGGCAUGCAAAUCUUUGUGAAGACUCUCACCGGCAAAACCAUCACUUUGGAGGUUGAGCCCAGCGAUACCAUUGAGAACGUGAAGGCCAAGAUCCAGGAUAAGGAGGGCAUUCCCCCAGACCAACAGCGUCUGAUCUUCGCCGGAAAACAGUUGGAAGAUGGACGCACCCUGUCUGACUACAACAUCCAAAAGGAGUCGACUCUUCACUUGGUGCUCCGUCUGCGUGGUGGCAUGCAAAUCUUUGUGAAGACUCUCACUGGCAAAACCAUCACUUUGGAGGUUGAGCCCAGCGAUACCAUUGAGAACGUGAAGGCCAAGAUCCAGGAUAAGGAGGGCAUUCCCCCAGACCAACAGCGUCUGAUCUUCGCCGGAAAACAGUUGGAAGAUGGACGCACCUUGUCUGACUACAACAUCCAAAAGGAGUCAACCCUUCACUUGGUGCUCCGUCUGCGUGGUGGCAUGCAAAUCUUUGUGAAGACUCUCACCGGCAAAACCAUCACUUUGGAGGUUGAGCCCAGCGACACCAUUGAGAACGUAAAGGCCAAGAUCCAGGAUAAGGAGGGCAUUCCCCCAGACCAACAGCGUCUGAUCUUCGCCGGAAAACAGUUGGAAGAUGGGCGCACCUUGUCUGACUACAACAUCCAAAAGGAGUCGACCCUUCACUUGGUGCUCCGUCUGCGUGGUGGCCAAGUUUAAUUACUCAAUCAAUAUUGUUGAAUCCUACACACAAUCCAGUCUCCAAUUGGGCAAAACACAUAUAUAUACUCGACAUAAUUCCUAGCCAGUAUAUUAUUUCUACAAAUGCUAUGACAAGACCGCAACACGUAAAAAAUUCCAAAUUUGGAGUACCUGCAUCUCGACCAUAUGACCAAAACAACACACUUCCACUUCAAAAAUAUAAUUUCAAGACUCCUGUUUCUGGCUCGAGUUCUAACCAAAUAAUUUGCUUUGUUUAAAAUUCCAAAUGCACAGUUAAAAUAAAUUAAUAAUUGUUCAAAGAC